AUGAAGGAUUUGGGUUCUCUACGAUAUUUCUUGGGUAUUGAGGUAGCCUACUCACCUAGAGGUUAUCUUCUCUCUCAGUCGAAAUAUGUUGCAGAUAUUCUUGAGCAGGCUAGACUUACUGAUAAUAAGACCGUCGAUACUCCGAUUGAGGUUAAUGCAAAGUAUUCUUCUUCUGAUGGUUUACCUUUGUCAGAUCCUACUUUAUACCGUACUGUUGUUGGGAGUUUGGUAUAUCUCACUAUUACUCGUCCAGAUAUUGCAUAUGCUAUUCAUGUUAGUCUUUUACUUCCAUCCACCUUUUCCUUGGAGCUGCGUGCAUACUCUGAUGCUGAUCAUGGCAGUGAUCUCACGGAUCGCAAGUCUGUUACUAGUUUCUGUAUCUUUUUGGGUGAUUCUCUUAUUUCUUGGAAGAGCAAGAAACAAUCCAUUGUUUCUCAAUCUUCAACCGAAGCAGAAUAUCGUGCUAUGGCAUCUACUACCAAAGAGAUUGUUUGGUUACGUUGGUUACUUGCAGAUAUGGGCAUUUCUUUUUCUCAUCCCACUCCUAUGUAUUGUGACAACUAA